AUGAAAGUGAUCAUAUUCAAGUGUCUGUGGUGGUGCUCAGAUGAGAAAUCAGCGAGCCAGGAACAGGAAGAGGUCAUUAAAGUGAACUGGGAUGGUGGGAGUGAAGAGGUAGAAGUGCAUACUAUGGAGUGUGGGAUAAUAUGCUUCCUUAUCACUUACAGGGCAAAUGGCAGGGAUACUGGGGUUGGGAAAUCAAGCAUUGUUUGUCGAUUUGUCCAGGACCACUUUGACCACAAUAUUAGCCCUACUAUUGGAGCAUCCUUCAUGACUAAAACUGUGCCUUGUGGGAAUGAGCUUCAUAAAUUUCUGAUCUGGGACACAGCUGGUCAGGAACGGUUUCAUUCCUUGGCUCCAAUGUACUAUCGAGGUGCAGCAGCAGCUGUGAUAGUUUAUGAUAUCACCAAACAGGAUUCAUUUCAUACUUUGAAGAAAUGGGUGAAAGAACUAAAAGAGCAUGGUCCUGAAAACAUUGUAAUGGCCAUUGCUGGAAACAAAUGUGAUCUUUCUGAUAUCAGGGAGGUUCCUAUGAAGGAUGCCAAAGAAUAUGCAGAAUCUAUAGGAGCAAUUGUUGUUGAAACCAGCGCGAAGAAUGCUGUUAACAUUGAGGAACUUUUUCAAGGAAUAAGUCGUCAGAUUCCACCCUUAGAUCCUCAUGAAAAUGGUAACAAUGGAGCCAUCAAACUUGGAAAGCAGACUUCACAGACGGGUAGGCGGUGCUGCUGA